AAAACUGGGCUAAUAAAUGGGGCUUUAGGAUAUCUAUGGCAAAAACACAAGUAAUUUGUUUUUCAAAAAAGAAGAAGAAUCCUAUUAUAAAUAUUAAAAUGUAUAGAGAAACAUUGGAGCAGACACUAGUUGUAAGGUUUUUAGGAGUAUGGAUGGACUCAAAAUUAAAUUUCAGAGUACAUAUACAGAAAAUAAUAGAUAAAUGUAAAAAAGUGAUAAAUAUAAUGAGAUGUCUAGCUGGAGCUGAAUGGGGAGCAUAUCGGAAAUCGCUCAAAAAUAUUUAUGUGGCACUAAUUGGAGCAACUAUAGAUUACGGUAGCAUGGUGUAUAGUUCUGCCUCAAAAACCCAACUUGAUAAGAUUGAGAAAAUUCAAAAUCAAGCGUUAAGGAUAUGUUGUGGAGCAAUGAGAUCAUCACCAGUUUCAUCACUUAAUGUUGAGACGGGAGUAAUGCCACUAGGAAUGAGAAGGAUUAAGUUAAGAAUGAGAUACUGGGCAAACAUAAAAGGUCAAUCGGAAAAUCAUCCAGUUAAGAAUGUUUUAAGUGACUGUUGGGAAUAUAACUAUAAAAAAUUAACAAGUUUUGGGUGGUUUAUUAAUGAGGAGGCAAGAGAAAUGAUUAAGGAUGUUAAUAUUGCCAGCUGUGUGGUUCUGCCAGCAAUUCCUCCUUGGUUUUUUCCAAUGCCAUUUAUUGAUAUCCAGUUACAUAAAGACAAACAUAAUAAGGAGAAUGUCCUGGAUAGCGUAAAAAUACAAGAUUAUAUAGAUCAUAUGUAUUUUGGUGCCAUCCAGAUAUAUACGGAUGGCUCAAAAGAUCCGGAUUCUGGUAUAACAUCUGCAGCUGUAUUUAUACCUCAAUUUAAAGUUAACAUUUUGAAAAGAACAUCAGAUCACAUUUCAGUAUUUACAUCAGAAUUAAUAGCAAUUAUAUUAGCAUUACAGUGGGUCGAAGAAGUUCAACCAAUCAGUUCAGUUAUAUGCACAGAUUCUCUAUCUGCAAUUGAAAGUCUAGCAAGUGGUAUAUCUACAGCUAGACAGGACUUAAUUUAUGAAAUAUUGCAAAGUCUUUUUAGAACCAGACAAUUGGGAAUCAUUAUUAAUUUUCUUUGGAUACCGGCUCAUAUGGGGGUGGCAGGUAAUGAGGAGGUGGAUAGAUUAGUCAAACAGGCCAUUAAAUUUCAAGAAGUUGAUAUCAAGAUUGCGUUGAGUAAGACUGAGAUUAAAAGUAUAAUAGCUAAGGGAGUUAGAAAGAAAUGGCAGAAUGAGUGGGACAGUGGAAAUAAGGGUCGACAUUUAUACAACAUAAAAGGAACAGUUGGUUUUGAAAGAAGAAACAUUGGAAAUAGGAGGAUGGAUGUUAUAAUUUCAAAAAUGCGCAUAGGCCAUUGUCUACUAAAUCAAAGUUUGGUCAGGAUUGGGAAACACCAGACUGGGUAUUGUGAAAAAUGUAGUUCGGAAAAUAUGGAGACAGUAGAACAUGUAUUAUUAAAAUGUGAGGCUUAUGCAAGAGAAAGAUUUAAAUUAUUUCAAGCAUUAAGAGAAAUGGAAAUGGAAGAUUUUUCUAUCAAAGCAUUAUUAGGUAAUGGCCCAAAGCAACUCAAAAUAUAUGAAGUAGUAUUUAAUUUCUUAAAAGACACUCAUUUAAGUAACAGGAUUUAGGUCACUACUACCAUAACGUUAUCCACACUCCAAUCCAGUAGGUGGCGGGAAUGCACCAUUUAAGUUUGGUUUGCCAACCGCCAUUAAACUUGAAAAGAAGAAGAAGAAGAAUGAUCAUUUCGCAUUUUAAUGCAGCUUCGGGAAGGAUCCAUGUCAGAAGAAGUUCUGCUGGCUCGUGUGAAAGCUCUGGAAGAGGAGGUGGAGAGACUGAAAGCUCAGCUGAAAGUGGAGAGAGAGAGAGCUAAGAGAGAGGAGAGGACUGAAACAUCAACCAGUCACCAGACAGAGAGCUUGAAACAUCAGGAAGGUGAGGAGAACAGAUCCAAACAGAAGAAACGAGGAGCAGAGAGGCCCUUUGACUUCUCUGUCCAUCCUCGCAGACAUGUGGCACUGCGGCUGGCAUACCUCGGCUGGGAAUAUCAGGGUUUCGCUGUCCAGGAAAACACAGACAACACUGUCGAAGCCCGGCUUUUUGAGGCACUGCUGAAGACUAAACUGAUCCAGGACCGACAGACCUCCAACUAUCACCGCUGCGGCCGCACAGAUAAAGGAGUCAGUGCUUUCUCUCAGGUCAUAUCCAUUGAUCUGCGUUCAACACAGUAUGGAGGAGGUUUAGGUGUGACUGUCCCAGCUGGAGUGGAGGUCAAAGCCAAGGCGUCUGCAGAAGAAUUACCUUACGUGAAGAUAUUAAAUAGAGUCCUGCCCCAGGACAUUAGGAUCCUGCAGUGGGCUCCUGUAGAAACUGGCUUCAGUGCACGCUUCGACUGCCAGUCCAGAACAUACAGAUACUACUUCCCUCGUGGAGACUUAGACGUGGAUCUCAUGGCAGAGGCUGCUAAACGGUACGAGGGAACACAUGAUUUCAGGAACAUCUGUAAGAUGGAUGUAGGUAAUGGAGUCUUGCAGUUUCAAAGGACCAUCUUGUCUGCAUCCAUCCAGCCGGCCCAACUUAACCCCACCUGCCCUAAUGACCCACACCAACUCUAUUUCUUCCAGGUCAAAGGUCUUGCUUUCCUCUAUCACCAGGUUCGCUGCAUGAUGGCUUUGCUGCUACUCAUCGGACAGAAACUCGAAGCUCCGGAAAUCAUUGAGCAGCUGCUGGAUGUGGAGAAAAACCCAAGGAAACCUCAAUACAGUAUGGCGGUGGAUUAUCCUUUGGUGUUGUAUGACUGUCACUUCGAGUGUGUGGAUUGGAGGAAUGAACUGGAGGAGGAGAACCACGUCCUGAACUCUCUGCACCAGCACUGGGUUCAGAACGCAGUGAAAACCCAGGUUCUGCUCAGCAUGAUCCAAGGCCUUCAGAAAACAACCACAGAGAUGACAUCUCUGCAGUGCUGGCUCAUGGAGGGCUCCAGGCAGAAGAAGUACCAGCCUCUUCUGGACCGGCCGCGCUGCCAGAGUUUGGAGUCCAGGAUCCAGCACUUCGUGAAGAGAGGAAGACUGGAGCAAGAAGAAGGAGAGAACGGGGAGGAGACGACUGUUUUCAGGGGGAAAAGAUCAAAGCAUUCCCAUCUGACAAGAACAAACCAAAUCCUGGAGCAAAACCAUGGAGAAAAAACCAAGGAUUGCCCUUUACAAAACCUGUAA